AUGCUGUACCCUUUUGGCCCGUAUUACAUUUCAAGAGCUGUGGAAGUGUUUUAUUCAACGAAGCUCACACUUGCAGUCGUGAACCUGCGUCCAGUGGCUCACCACCAUGUUCUCGUCUUUCCAAGACGUCCUGUGGCGAGGUUUGCGGACCUUGUAGAAGCCGAAGUUGCAGACCUGUGGCUCAGUGCUCAACGAAUAGGUUCCAGAAUUGAGGCUCAUGGGCGUAAGAGGGGCGUCAGCGGCUUGCAGUUUGUGAUACAGGAUGGCGUUGGUUCCGGCCAGACGGUACCCCACGUUCACGUUCACAUCGUGCCGCGUACUCCAGGGGACUUUACCCCGAACGACGCCAUUUACGGCGCUCUCGAGAAGCGGGGUUUUCAUGCUGACGAAACCGAACGCCCGGAUCGAAGUCGGGACGAGAUGCGAGAGGAACGGGACGAACUUGCAGCACUUUUCCCUGAGGCAGAGUACCAAGUGCCGUAG